AGACACAGAAUGCUACUGUGACUCAGCGGGCCAGCAGCAUAUCUGGAGAAAAAGAACAGGUGACGUUUCGAGUAGACACCCUUCUUCAGACCCUUUCCAUUCAAGUGGUCGCCUCGGGUGAUAUCCCUUCCUCAGAUUGAGGGGUUGGAACCAAAGAUCCUAUAGCGGAUCUUUGGUUGGAAGCGUCCAGCAGUGGAAAGUGUCAAUCAGAAUGUGAUCAGUUUCUGGUUUCGCUAUGUAUUGUAUUUCGCUAUGUUUAUGUAUCGGCAACAGCCAAUUGCUGGUUUCAAUACGGCUUGAAGGUGGAAGAGAAAAGAUUUUGUGAGCUGGAAAUCCCACCCACCCACUGCAGAGUCUGCACUCUGAUUAUUUCCAUUGGCUGCUCGUUUAUCUUGCGUCAGUUUCAGCCGGUCACAUGCGAGCCGGUCGCUGGUGACUCGCCCUGAAGCUCGCAUUGGUGACAAAUAACAAACACCCUGUAUGUGAUUCAGACCUUCUCAGUGUUCACCUGAUCAGUGCCGGAAGCCUGGUUCCAGCAUCUGCGGUUCUUCGUCUCCACGCCUACACAUUUGUCACCGCGUUUGGCCGGAAUAAUGCAUUGUUCCCAUGUAAUGUGUUACAUCACCGGGGCCCUAUGGAUACAGCAGCGGCUUUAAAUCAGACCAGGCUUCAAUCACGGCUGAAGACGCUGUCGGCGCUUUCCUUAGGCUGGGAGAGCCUUGGACCCUAAAGGCGAGGCAGAAAGACCAGCAGCUGCAGCGGGAUUUUUUCAGGAGCGAGCCUUGUUUAUUUCUGUUUAAACCCUGUUUAUUUCUGUCCUGGGUAUUGUCGCCGGCAGCGAAUGGAUCAUGCGCUCCGCUGUGCCUCCGGGGAUUCGAUGUAUCCAGGCAUUCACCAGAGACAGCUGGUACCGUGGCUUCACUCUGGUGCUGACCUUCCUAUUCUACACCAGUUACCACCUCUCUCGCAAGCCCAUCAGCAUCGUCAAGAGUGAACUCCACAAGAAUUGUUCAGCAAUUGCCGGCCAUGGAAACAAAAGUCACCUUGACAAUGACACGUGGUGUGACUGGGCUCCGUUUGAUAAACCCAAUUACAAGAUGCUUUUUGGUGCUUUGGACAACUCCUUCCUGAUAGCUUAUGCCAUUGGAAUGUUCUUCAGUGGUAUGUUCGGCGAGCGCCUCCCUCUGCGGUACUACUUGACCGUUGGCAUGUUGCUCAGUGGAUUGUUCACCGCUCUCUUUGGGCUUGGAUUUUACUGGCAGAUCCACACCAUCUGGUACUACGUGUUCAUCCAGAUUGCAAAUGGUUUGGUGCAGACCACGGGUUGGCCAGCUGUGGUGGCAUGCGUGGGGAACUGGUUUGGAAAAGGGAAACGCGGUUUGAUAAUGGGAAUCUGGAACUCGCACACGUCAGUGGGUAAUAUUCUGGGCUCUUUGAUCGCCGGGAGCUUCGUGUCUUCUGCCUGGGGGUUGUCCUUCAUCGUGCCCGGUGGCAUCAUUGCAGCAAUGGGAAUAGUCUGCUUCUUCUUUCUAAUCGAAUACCCUGAAGACGUGGGCUGCACUUCCCCUCAACACCACGACCAGACGGAGCAGGAGCCGCUGUUACGCCAGGACAGUGAGGAUGAGAUUUUCACCAGCCUCAACAACGAUGAGGGCAGCGUCAACCCCAUUUUCAACAGCGUCCAGCCCUCGGCCAUCAGCUUCGUGGGAGCACUGAAGAUACCUGGCGUGGUGGAGUUUUCACUGGCUUUACUCUUUGCCAAACUUGUCAGCUAUACGUUCCUCUUCUGGUUGCCGCUCUACAUUUCAUCUGUGGCUCAUUUGAAUCCCAAAGCUGCUGGCGAUCUCUCGACACUCUUUGAUGUCGGUGGCAUCAUUGGUGGGAUUCUGGCUGGAAUCAUCUCUGAUUACACUGGUGGACGGGCCACCACAUGCUGGGUUAUGUUGAUCGUGGCUGCUCCUAUGCUCUUCGUUUAUAACUAUAUUGGGAAAAAUGGACUUGCAACAAUUAUCGGAAUGUUGAUCUUCUGUGGAGCUCUGGUGAAUGGACCAUAUGCACUAAUCACAACUGCAGUGGCAGCUGAUCUGGGAACGCACAAGUGUCUGAAAGGAAAUGCUAAAGCUUUGUCGACUGUUACCGCAAUCAUCGAUGGAACAGGCUCAAUUGGUGAGUUUACAGUUAACUUUUGUCCAGUUCUGCUGACAAGGAUGCGAGCUAACUUUUUAAUGUGAAUCGCAUAAGCUAAU